AAGAUUUCAAAUAUCACCUUUCCAACAGCUGUAAAUUAUUGGUAAAGUUAAAGAAUGCACUUUUUUGUACAAAUUUUGAUUACAGUUUCGUGCACGUGUUCGAGAAUCGUGAAAAGUGAAUUUUUUUGUUUCGUGAUUCGUGAAAUCGAAAAUUUACUAUCGUGACUUCGUGACAAGAUCCCCCUUGCCCCCACUCAAUGAUGUCAUCUAUACGUCUAUCCUCAAAUAGAUCAUAUGUAAGAAACAGUCACGGCGACUUAUUAUAAUAAACGCGAUAGAAAUCUAAAGUUCAUGAUCUAAAUGUUAAAUAGAACUAAUAGAGUGGACGUUUGGAACAAUGAGAAAUGCUGCGAAAUAAAGAAACAGGCUAGAGUUUGAAACCUUUUUCGAAUUCUCUCAAACUUCCACAAGUUUUUGGUAUAACUCGAUUAUAAGUCGAUAGAAACCCGAGGAAAUUGUUUUCUAUUUCUCUCAGAAAUCACUACGGAAAAGAGAGGAAAAACAGUGGUUUCAUUUGAUUAUCAAAAUGUAAACUUCCUUUGCUGGCACCAUCACUACGUCAACAGCUAGUGUUUGUUCUGUGUUUCUAAAAGAAAUGGAAAACGAUUUCUUUGCGUUUAGUUCAAUCUUUUCCAUGCCUUAGUGGCACCUGGAGGUAAAGGUUUUUUACCCCUGGAGGAAAAGGCUUAUACGUUUCUUACCGUUAUCUUUUUUUAAUCAACAGGAGCUUACGGUCCAAUGAAAUAAAACUCCUAGAGGAAGGAAUGUUCAGCCAAAGAAGUAAUUUAACGUAUCUAUAUCUACAAGACAAUUUCAUAGAAGUUAUUCCGGAUAAAUUGUUCAAGGAUCUUUGGAAACUGAAAGUUCUGUUACUGAACAACAACAUGAUAAAAAGAAUAUCAAAGUACACUUUCGAGGGGUUAACAUCUUUAGAAGUUCUGUAUUUAGACAAUAACAAGAUAAUGGACUUCUCUCCUGAAACCUUCCACGCAUUGGACAAGUUAAGAAGACUCACGAUGGAUCAUUUCACUCAAUGCUGCUACGCAGUAAAAGCCAUUCCUCAAUUAAACUGUAAAGCACCGACUGAUGGUUUCUCAAGCUGUGACGAUCUCAUGAAAAAUAGAACUCUCCAAAUAUUCAUAUGGAUUCUUGGUAUCAUGGCAUUUGCCGGGAAUUUAAUUGUUGUCGCAUGGAGGUGCUUCGUGAGGGAAGACAAUCGAGUUCACUCGUUCCUAUUAACAAAUUUAGCAGUGUCAGACUUUCUAAUGGGAUUAUAUUUGUUAAUAAUUGCCAUCAAGGACACUCAGUGGCAAGGAGAGUAUUUCAAACAUGAUUUCACUUGGAGGACUGGCCAACUGUGUCAAUUUGCCGGUGUCCUGUCGAUGAUUUCAAGUGAGGUUUCUGUGGCAAUGUUAACAAUCAUUACAGCUGACAGACUCGUGUGUAUUGUAUUUCCAUUCCGAUUCAAGAGGCUUUCCCUUAGACGUGUAUAUAUAUUGUGUGCGAUAGUGUGGCUCCUAGGAAUCGUUGUGUCUACAGUGCCACUCGUGGGGAUUGGAUAUUUUAUCGAUGACAACACAGGAUUUGGCUUUUAUGGUCGCUCGGCUGUGUGCCUUCCUCUACAGUUGUCAUCUGACAGACCAGCAGGAUGGGAAUAUUCCGUCUCGUUCUUCAUCGCUUUUAACCUCGUGGCCUUUAUUUUUAUGCUUGUUGCAUAUAUUGCGAUGUUUGUUACUGCAAAGCGAGUAGGUGGAGCAGUGAGGUCAACCAGCGUUAACCGUGAAACUGCUAUGGCGGCAAAAAUGAUGUUCAUAAUUCUUACAGACUUUUUCUGUUGGAUGCCAGUUAUCAUCAUCGGAGUUUUGUCUUUAACGGGAAAUUUGUAUGAUCCAAAGAAGCUUGUGUAUGUGUGGAUAGCAGUGUUUGUCCUGCCUGUGAAUUCAUCCAUCAAUCCUCUCCUUUACACAUUUUCCACAACAACAACCAGGAAAAAGCUAAGAACUUUAAGAGGAACUAUGAGGAUGUUUAUUUCCAAUAAUAUGUCCCGUUCUGCAGGAGCAAGAGGCAGAUUACAGCAAAGUGACUCACACCUUGAUAUGACCUUGUCAUCUGUGGCUACCCGUUUGCCUGACGAAAAACCGCCUACAGCUACUACCAAUUUAAAGAUUAUUGAAAUUUGUGACAUAUUCCACAGUAGUAACUCUGCUCAAGUGACCGGGUAUUUGACCUCUUGGGUUGAAAACGAAAGACUAGAAAUGUGCCUGUUAAAAUAUUUCUCAAGAUCUAAAGAGAGAGAAUGGAACAAGGAAAUUGAAGUGCUAAGAGAGAUUUCUAAAAACGGUGAGCAUGACAACCUGCUGACAUACCGCUGGCAUUCUGAAGCUUGUGCUUUAAAUAUAGCCGAUUUCCAAACUAUCAGGAUACCAUCUUUAAAAAAUAACGGCUUAUUGAUCUGCUUUACCUUUGUGUCAAGCAAAACAAUGGAUGAUUAUCUUAGAGAAAACGUCGGGACAUGUGCUCCAGGCAUUUUGCGACUUCUGAGCGUAAUGUUGGAUGUUAGUAGAGCUAUAGAACACCUCCACAAGAUAGGGAUCUGCCAUAAUGACAUCACGCCAUCCAACGUACUCAUUUCUUUCAGUGAAGGAGUUCAAUCUAUGAAGGGAGUACUUGGAAGUUUUGGGCGAGCCUUUAUACUCAGAAGCAAUGACAACUCAUGCUUGUUGCUCCGGGAAGAUCUACGACAAUUCCUCAACUUGAUGGAAACGGUUGCUGGCUACUACAAAACUGAAGGAACGAACCAACAAACCCAAGUGACAAAAAUAUUGCAAUUGUGCAGGGAAGAGGAGGAUGACAGACAGGACAUCCAACACGUCAGAGAAAUCUUGGAAGGGAUUUGUGGCUUCCCCGAGGAGAACACUCGACUUUAAAGUGCCACACGGAAGUAGUAAUGAAGAAAUACCCUUAAAUAAAAGUCGUGCCCUGUAACAAACGAUACACUCUAUUACGGUCGUAUCCUAUAAAAAACGUCAUGCAUGGUUUGCUAUGAAUUACGACAAAUAUAUUUGCAGGAGUGUUUAUUAUACUUGUACUCUUCUUUUAGUUAAGAACCACUAUAAAAUUAAAAUAUCCAUCACUGUAUUAGCAACCCUAACCAUGUCAGAAAACCAAGAUGGUGCUUAGUCUUGUGGACCUUUUUGGAAAGCGGUAAACUGCACGAGCAUCCCUGUUCAUUUGUUGCUAAUUCGUGUUUUAUCACUGUCAAUAAGGCUUGUCUGAACAACUCAUCAUUGUUUUGAAAGGAGUGCGGUAAAAACGCGCGUAUAAGAACCUAGGUUUUUUCAAGUUAGCCUCCAUAGGUUCUUAUAUGUUUACUGCGAAAUUAGGCUACCUAGGUCCUUAAUCAGGUUCUUCAUUUAUUUUUAACUUGUACUCAUGGGUGUGGCCUUUAUAUUAAAUCAUUCAUAGUAUAGUAUUGUGGUCUUAUAACACUGCCAGUGCUCUGGGUAAUUUUUGUUAUCCUUUUAUCGCGUGUGAUGAGCUGUAUUAUAUUUUAAAAAACUCUAUAUUUUGAAAAUAAGAACCUAUACUGAGAUUUUAGCCUAAAAUGGUUCUUUUGUGAAGGAUGCUUAACAGAGAAAUUUUAGCCUAACAGGUUCUUAAAUUUUAGGUUUUCAAACGCGGAUUUUUACUGUUAUCUGGAACAGCAAAACUAUUUGCUUCAAAAACGUUUUUGCUACAGUUUUGUAUUCAUAAAAUGUUUCUUGAACGCACGGUCUAGUUUGCAAAUCAAAAGGCUUUACAUAAAUGAGCGCCGCCUUGCCGACAAGGUGUUUUCGCAGUAAUUCACAGCAUUUCGUGCAUUAGGUUGCAGAGGAUUUGGAAAUUUACAGGUGAUUCAGUUUCAUCUAAUUUGAAAGUCAGCCAAGGACCUAGUUACCGGUAUGUUUAGUAGGGAACAAGGGAUAUUGCCGAAUUAUUUUCAGGGAACAAGGGGACCCCUGAUUAGAUUGUUGGGAUCAAAGGAACACUAAAGAUAUAGGUGCAUGGAAUAAUUACUGCAAAAAGAAACCAAAGAUUUCAAAUAUCUUUUUGGUUUAUAUAUAAUAUGGACUCGUCAAUAUUAUCACUCACUCACUCAUCGUCAUCGGGCCCAUGAGGACGCUUGAGGUCGGCCGUCAAUAUUAUACGUAAACCAAACAAAAAUGUGCAGAGCGCGAAAGGCCUGCGUACGAGUUUAGCGCUACAGUGUUACGCAGGAUAUGUGUAGGUAGCGGUUUCGCGUAAGAUGGAGAUGACAACACGAGUCAAAUGUUUGCUUUUCAUUUCUCAUUUCUUUAUUUACUCUCUUCCUACUCAAUAAGAUUGCGUGCUCCCUAUGGUUUAGCACUGUGUUUUGUGAAUGAUGAAUUAGUUUCUUGUUGUUGUAAAUGUGCGACCCAUUCUAGCAACCGUGUUUAAGAAUGGUACAGCAAUUACUUUAGUGUAUACUAGUAUAAGUGACCAUAGCUCCCUCUGCUAGUAGAAGGCUUUCCCUGUGUUAUUUUAUGUAACGAUGGGAGCCUAAAUAAAAGGUAAAAAAAUGCCUUUUGUGUCAUUUUUCCUUACAAUAUCUACCGUCACCUCGUUACCCGUUCCUCGCCCCCGUCCUUCACACCCUCGGGCUUCCGCUUUCACGCUCGCCUCCAGUUCUCUCGGCAUUCUUUCUUUCAUUCAGAACAGCCUAAAUGCUUUAAGCAACCAUUUUUUCCUCGACAGUGAUUCGUCAGAUUGGGAAAAAUAUUGAAAUUUGGAUGUUUUCUCGUGCUGUAAUUAGAUCCAUUCAUUUUUGAGGAUAAUAAACGAUAUAAUCACGAGAAUUCGAUUUAGUCCGGGUGCCCGUGACUGACUAUGGUCGUCCCGUUUACUUGGAAAGCUGGCAAAUUUUAACUUUACCAGAAUUAUUUCUUGGACCGUGGUAGUUAAUGCUAGGGUGGCAGUGGAAACUCUCGAGUGGGCAGUUUGUAGUUAUAUGUGUGAAAACAUUGCAACGCUGUGAUGGGAACUGCGAGUAACUCUGUACCACUAGUUCUAUAGAGACUAUGCUAAGAAUCAAACGUGUUGUGACUAGCUGCUUUCCUCAUAUGCUCACGUUGUCUAGGGUUGUGAGAGCUGUCUAGGAGGUGUGAGAGGUGUGAAAUUGAAAUACACACGUAGAAAUUAAAAAUAGUUCAUUAGGGAUGUCCCCCCGGAAAUUGCACUUAAUUAAGCAG